GUCGAUAGUACAGUGCGAGUGCGCCUCGCCAUGCGAACACGUGAAACACAUGGCGCGUCGCUUGGCGCUGCUGGCGUUCCUGGCGUGCGCGGUCACAAGCCGCCCGCCUUCCAACUUCCAUCAAUUAACCAGUUCAAACUCUGACACCUUAGACACUAUCGCUCUGUGGGCGGAUCUCGAUGAUCUGGACUCAGAUGAGAUCCCUCCGCGAUUUGAUAGAGCUAAACACAAUGCCAAAGUGAUCAUAAGGAAUAACAUACCAGAACUAAACAUUACCAGGAAAACUUCUAAGAGUGACAGUAAAAAUAAAGUUAUAAAAACGACGAUUAAUAUCGAAAGUCAUACAAACUUUAUAGUGACUAAACGACCGGUAGUUGUGACUAGCUCAGUGACUUUAUUGCCCGAAGAAUCUAAUAUCAAUGACGAGGUGUUUUGGGUAGAUGGAGUUGCUCAUACUCCGAGACCAAUCACAAGGAAAACAGCCAAGCCGAAAUCAUCAACAACACGGCGGCCGUCUACAACGAGACGAUCUCAGACUUCGACGAAAAAACAAAAAGCAACCACACGUCGUUCAACAACGAGAACAACUCGGUCAUCUCUAACAACUCGUGCAACCAAAGCAACGAAAUCACCAAAGACUAAAGUGACUUGUGCAACCAAAAAGCCUGGAAGGGUACCAUCACUCCAUCAAGAUAACAAAGUCAAAGAGAAACCAGUUAGUUCAGGUUGGUUUGUAGGUAUCUUCUCCAGCUUAUACAAUUGGUUCGUAGAAUCAAAAACGUCUUGGUUCAGCAGCAACUGGUUCAUAGACGACUCAAAGAUUACCACAACAACAACACCUUCUCCCCCUUCAACUUCUACUGGAAAUUGGUUUGAAACGUUUUUAGAUUCAGAAGAUGUGGAAACAACUCCAGCAACAGAAACCAUAAAAAAAUCAGCUUCAAAAUCACUUAAGAAAAAUUACAAAGGAUAUCAGCUGAUACGUGCUUAUCCAGAUGUUCUAUGGAAAGUUCAUUCUUUGUUAGACCUUAAGGAGGAAGCUGAAGGUUCGGGCUUGAUGUGGUGGACAUCUCCCUCAUUAAAUGGGUCCACAGAUCUUUUAGUUCCACCAGAUCUGCUAGUUGAUAUUAAAGAUAGUCUGAAAUCUUCAAAAAUAGAGUUCGAUGUUGUAAUUUGGGAUUUGCAGAAAGCUAUUUCAUAUGAGAACCCAAAACUGUCAAAAAAGCAGCGAAUAGAACUUGAACAAUUGAGAGGUCAUCCAAUGACUUGGAGGCGGUAUCAUCGUUAUUCUGAUAUAAUGCGUUACUUAGAUUAUUUACAACAUUCAUAUUCUGAUAUAGUAGAACUGAUACCCUUAGGGCUGUCUUCAGAGGGCCUACCUCUAGUAGCUGUUAAGGUGUCACUUCCCCGCAAUGAAACUAUAAAAAACAAUAAGGUGAAAAGAAAAUAUAAAUUAAAAUCUCAACUGAAGCCUGCCGUGUGGUUGGAGGGCGGUGCCCACGCCCGUGAGUGGAUAGCCCCAGCUGUCGCUCUAUGGAUGUUACACAACCUAGUGGAAGGAGAAAAAGGCUUCGGAACCGAUCGGCGUAUGCUUAAAAUGGCAGAUUUUUACAUUAUGCCAGUGUUGAAUCCUGACGGGUACGAGCACUCGCACACGCACGACAGGCUUUGGAGGAAAACACGCUCACGAAGCUCAGAGCAUUCAGACGAUUACUAUGUUGGCUGGUUUCCGUGGAAUUGGGGACGGACGGAGUGCAUCGGUGUUGACGCCGACCGCAAUUGGGAUUACCACUGGGGUGAAAAAGACUCUUCGCAAGAUCCGUGCGCCGAAAACUACUCUGGUCCACAUCCCUUCAGUGAGCCAGAAACACGGGCUGUUUCCCAGUUCUUAGCUGAAAAUAGAGGCCAUAUCCAGGUAUACAUAUCACUGCAUGCAUACUCGCAAGCUUGGCUUUUGCCAAGCAGUCAUUCGCAUGCAACUUUUGCCGAUGAUGGAGUUUUAAUGGAAAUGGGCAAACUGGCGACGGCUGCUCUAGCAGACAUGUACGGAACCAAGUAUCAGGUGGGGACAGCUGCGGAAAUACGUCAACCAGCAACUGGGAUGUCCCACGAUUGGGCAAAAGUUCGAGCUGGUAUCAAGUAUGCCUACCACGUCGACCUCCGAGAUUCCUACGGUCCCUACGGUUUUUUGUUACCAGGGUCGCAGAUAGUGCCAACAGCGCGUGAAACUUAUCAGGCUCUCAAAGCGAUUGUUGAAAAUUUAUAAUUAACAAAAGUUAUUGUAAUUGUAAUAAAAGUAAUAAAUUAAGAUCGAUGCUUAAGUAUAGGUUUUAGUUUUUUCCGUAUAUUUUUUUGUUCCUAAUAAUUUAUUUAAAAAAUAUUACUUAUGCUCUAAAAUAUUUUGUUUCGAUUUCAUUUAACUGUUCUUAUUAAAUGUUUAUCGUGACCUAGUUGUGAAUACGUGUUUUAAACGCCUUCCAUCUUUAUAUUUAGCUAAAUAUAACCUUUAAUCAUCUUUAAACUAUAGGUAGAUAUGAAAAUUUUCCUUGCAUUUAGUUAUUGCAUUUGCAUAAAUAUUAAAAAAAAUAUUAUUUAAUGUUAGCGAAAAAACAAAUAUUAGGAUUAAACUAGUUUAUCUAGGGACAAAUUAACUCUAAGACUAAAUAUUUUUAAGGCCAAAUGUGUAUAUUUAUAUUAAAACAAUGUACACGGAACA